CAUAGCUGGUCUGUCGGCCGGCCUCCACUUUCUUUCGUUGCGAGGGGGUGUGUGUGAGAGAGAGGGCGUGAAUGUGUGUGACAGAGAGCGGGCGUCUAAGGUAGAGCGACAAAUCAAGCAAAAUUCCCUCUUCGUCUCCUCGCAGUAACCUACCGAAAUUCUUGCGCUGCUCCGUUCUUCUUCUCCAGCAAUUACUUGGGAGUUUAAUUUCUCAAAUAUACGCACUGCUUCUUUACCGCUAGAAUGAAUCUCAACAUCUUCAAGAAGAAAACUUCGCCUAAAGAUGCACUGAGAUGCAGCAAAAGGGAAAUGGCUGUUGCUACAAGAGGCAUUGAACGUGAGAUCGCUUCUUUACAAAUGGAGGAGAAAAAAUUGGUAGCAGAAAUCAAGAAAACAGCUAAAACCGGAAAUGAGGCUGCCACUAAAAUCUUAGCUCGUCAAUUGGUUCGGUUGCGGCAGCAAAUAACAAAUUUGCAGGGAAGUCGAGCUCAGAUCAGAGGCGUGGCCACUCAUACACAGGCUCUGUAUGCCAGCACUUCAAUUUCAACUGGUAUGAAAGGUGCAACCAAAGCUAUGACUGCUAUGAACAAGCAAAUGGAACCUGCAAAACAAACUAAAAUGAUAAAAGAAUUUCAGAAGCAGUCAGCACAGAUGGAUAUGACGAUUGAAAUGAUGUCUGAGGCCAUCGAUGAGACGUUAGACAAAGAUGAGGCUGAAGAAGAAACUGAAGAACUCACUAACCAGGUUCUUGACGAGAUUGGUGUUGACAUUGCAUCACAGUUAUCUUCAGCCCCAAAAGGGCGGAUCGCCGCCUCGAAGAAAGUCGAAAAUGCCACCCCUGGCAGCAGCAGCGCAGGAAGUGAGGAUGUCGAGGAGCUGGAGAAAAGACUGGCAUCCCUGCGGCGCAUAUAAGCGGCAGAAAGUAAGAAAGAAAGAUAGAUAGAUAGAUAAGAUAUCCAUGUAGCUAUCGAUCAGUAUCCGGAGAUGAUGAUGAUGAUGAUGAUGAUGAUGGUGCUUUCUUGAACCGAAUGAACACAAAUGGAGUAUUACAUUACA